CUGAAUGGACAUAACUUAGGUGUGUUUGAUCUUUGUAUGUUUCUUUCAUACCAUUAAUGUCAUCUAUCCUACCUAUUUAAGCUACUAUUAUUAUUUUUGCUCCUACAACUACAAAGCCUCUUCCUUACCUUUCCUUUCCUCUUGCAAAUUAUACACCUUCUUCUCUCCACCAAAGAAAUUCUAUCUUUGCUUUAUUUUCUUCUUUUAUAUUUCUAAGAAUUCUGAACUUUUCUUGAAAUCCUCAUACACUCUGAGAACACUGUCGGUUCACCAUCAUCUAGUGUCCACUUGAGCUUUGCUUAGCAAAUAAUAAAUAUUCUUCAUCUUGGUAUUUGUGUUGUACUUAUUUUCUUUUACUAUCUGUUAGGUGCACUUGUUCUGUGUUCUUUUACACUGAAUUAUGCAAGUGGCUUAGUUUUGUUUAACACAUGAUUUAGAAGAAGGUAAGAAACUUAAAGCCAUGAAGUUUAUGAAACUUGGAUCUCGUCCAGAUACUUUCUACACUUCAGAAGCUAUAAGGACAAUCUCUUCUGAAGUUUCUAGUGAUCUCAUAAUUCAAGUAAGGGGAAGUAGAUAUCUUCUUCACAAGUUUCCCCUGCUAUCCAAAUGCCUAUGCCUGCAAAGAUUAUGCUCAGAAUCACCUCCUGAUUCAUCUCAUCACCAAAUAGUUCAACUUCCUGAUUUUCCGGGUGGAGUGGAAGCAUUUGAGUUGUGUGCUAAGUUCUGCUAUGGAAUCCAAAUUACUUUAAGUCCUUACAACAUUGUAGCUGCAAGAUGUGCUGCUGAAUAUCUCCAAAUGACUGAAGAAGUUGAAAAAGGAAACUUGAUUCACAAGCUUGAGGUUUUCUUUAAUUCUUGCAUCCUUCAUGGUUGGAAGGAUACCAUAGUAAGUCUUCAGACCACAAAAGCGUUGCAUUUGUGGUCUGAAGACUUGGGAAUUACCAGCAGAUGCAUUGAAACUAUUGCCUCAAAAGUCUUGAGCCACCCUACAAAGGUGAGUUUGUCGCAUAGUCAUUCUAGAAGAGUGAGGGAUGACAUAUCUUGCAAUGAUACAGAAAGUUUGAGAAUCAAAUCAGGAAGUAAAGGAUGGUGGGCUGAAGAUUUAGCAGAGCUUAGCAUAGACCUUUAUUGGAGAACAAUGAUAGCAAUCAAAUCUGGUGGCAAGGUUCCUUCAAAUCUCAUUGGCGAUGCAUUGAAAAUUUAUGCAUCUAGAUGGUUACCAAAUAUUUCCAAGAACGGAAAUAGAAAGAAGAAUGUUUCACUAGCCGAGUCUGAGUCUAACUCAGACUCGGCCAGCGAAAUAACUUCAAAGCAUAGGCUUCUAUUGGAGUCAAUAGUAAGCUUGCUUCCAACCGAAAAAGGCGCUGUUUCUUGUAGCUUUCUUUUGAAACUAUUGAAAGCAUCCAAUAUUCUCAAUGCUUCUUCAUCUUCAAAGAUGGAAUUAGCAAGAAGAGUAGGACUUCAAUUGGAGGAAGCCACAGUGAAUGAUCUAUUAAUACCUUCACUUUCUUAUACAAAUGAUACACUCUAUGAUGUUGAGUUGGUGAUGACUAUAUUGGAACAGUUCAUGUUACAAGGACAAAGUCCACCAACUAGCCCUCCGAGAUCGUUGAAAACUUUUGAAAGAAGGCGAUCGCGUUCGGCUGAGAAUAUUAACUUUGAAUUACAAGAGAGUAGGAGGUCCUCUUCAGCAUCACAUAGUUCAAAAUUGAAAGUGGCAAAACUUGUGGAUAGGUACCUUCAGGAAGUUGCAAGAGAUGUGAAUUUUUCAUUGUCAAAAUUCAUUGCUCUUGCUGAUAUUAUACCAGAAUUUGCAAGAUAUGAUCAUGAUGAUCUCUAUAGAGCCAUUGACAUAUAUCUCAAGGCUCAUCCAGAACUCAACAAGAGUGAAAGGAAAAGACUAUGUAGAAUUCUUGACUGCAAAAAGCUCUCAAUGGAAGCGUGCAUGCAUGCAGCACAAAAUGAGCUACUCCCAUUAAGAGUUGUUGUUCAAGUUCUGUUCUUUGAGCAAGCUAGAGCAGCAUCAUCUGGUGGCAAAGUAACAGAAUUACAAAGCAAUAUCAAAGCAUUGCUUACAACACAUGGGAUUGAUCCAUCAAAACAUACAACAACACAGUUAAGCUCUACUACAAGUAUUCAAGGUGAGGAUAAUUGGAGUGUUUCUGGUUUCAAGUCACCAAAAUCAAAGUCUUCAACUCUAAGAAUGAAGCUAGCUGAGGAGCAUGAUGAAUUUGAUGAAAAUGGUUUGGUAAAUGAUGAUGGAAUUGGAAGAAACUCUAAAUUUAAGUCCAUUUGUGCUCUUCCUACACAACCUAAAAAAAUGCUUAGUAAAUUGUGGUCUACUAAUAGAACUGCUACUGAAAAAAAUUGAAUAAGAAUUAAGUUAUGUUAGUUUUUUCAUGUUUGUAAGGGUAAUUUAGAGGGUAUUAUUAACAUAUACUCUAUUUUUGUUUUAUGCAAAAAGCCUUGUAACUUGUAGGAAAAUCCACAAGAAUCUUUUAAUGUAUGUGCAUGGUUGAUGUAACCUAUAAUAAUAAUAAUAAUUUUGAGGGAAAAUCUCUUUGGUAAUUAA